AUGCAGUGGAAGGAGUGGGAGUCAGGAACAAAACGGCAGGCGGAGGGAAGGAAGGGUAGUAGGGUGAGAUUCAGAGAGAUAAUUAACAGUGGUCACCUGGAACGUGCAGGCAUAUUUGGGGAGGGGAAACCGGAGAAUGCCUGGACUUUGCUGAGGUUACAUAGUAUGCCAGUCAUGGACUCAUGGCCUGUCAGCUCCAAAUUCACCCUUUUUGCCUUCUUUGUAAAAAGUCGUCUGGGCCUUUUGUGUAAUUUUCUCUGCCAGCUGGUUUGUGGUUUGGCCUUGUCAGUGCAGGGUGUCGGGGGGGCCUUGUGGGAGGGCACAGCUCUGCCUGCGGCUGCUGUGACCUUUCUCGACCGGUUUCUGUGCUGUUUGUUCAAUACCAGGCUUCUGCAGUGCCAGGGGCAUCCAGUGACCACCAGCUCCUUCUGGCACCUCUUCUGGGUAGUUUUUGCAGGGCAGUGGUUUUCCAUAAGACACUUCCUUUUUGAACAGCUUCCCCACACCCAAGGGGGUCGAUAUUCAGGAAGUUUUAGGGGGUGGAUUUCCAGCAAGUUCCAUUGGCAUGAGAGCACAGUGAUUCCCCUCCACUUGGUGAGCCAGAGCCACCUUCUCCCCAACAGGGUCUGGUCUCAGGCUGGGAUACGGGAAGGCUCUAUCACAGCCCCAUGGGUUGUGGCUGCUUAA